CAAUUUCCCCAAAUUUCCAUUUUAUCUAUCUUCUCUUCACAUCCUUCAUUCUCCACACAAUUCAUUUUCCCCCUUUACUCUCUCUCUCAUCACUCUCUCUCUCUCUCUCUCAUCAUCUUCUUCUUCACUCUGUAGACCUACCUACAUGUUCUUCUUCUUCUUCCUGUUUGUUUGAAUCUGAAUCUGAUAUUAUUAGUAUGUCUCUUCAGUCUGUUGCUCAUGUUAAUGGCUGCUGCUUGAAACCUACCUCUGUUUUCGCCUCCAAACGUGACAUUUUGUUUACCGAUUUUGUUAAUUUUGGCGCGAAACGGAGUAAUCGGAGGUUGAUCGGUGCUGGUGCGGCUGCUUCCAAGGGUUUUGGAAGGUUACAGAAGGAUAGGUUUUGGUCGAAUUCGAUCAAAUCGGUGCUUGAUUUUGAUCGUGUUGAGUCAAAACAGUCAGAUGAUUCAAAACCUAAGGUUGCAAAUUUGAAAGACAUAUUAGCCGAAAGAGGGGCAUGUGGGGUUGGGUUUAUCGCUAAUUUGGACAACAAAGGGUCUCACCAGAUAGUUCAAGAUGCACUUACAGCUCUUGGAUGUAUGGAACAUAGGGGUGGGUGUGGGGCCGAUAACGAUUCGGGUGAUGGGUCGGGUGUGAUGACUUCAAUUCCAUGGGAAUUUUUCAACAACUGGGCUGCAAAGGAGGGGAUUGCUCCCUUUGAUCAAUUGCAUACAGGGGUGGGAAUGGUAUUUCUUCCACAAGAUGAAAAACUUAUGGAACAAGCCAAAUCUGUUAUUGAAAGUAUCUUCAAACAAGAGGGUCUUGAGGUGCUUGCAUGGAGGUCUGUACCCAUCAAUACGCCUAUUGUUGGUUUCUACGCAAGAGAAACAAUGCCAAACAUACAACAAGUUUUCGUUAAAAUCAACAAAGAAGACGAUAUUGAUGAUAUUGAACGGGAAUUUUACAUAUGCCGUAAAUUGAUUGAAAAAAAGGCUAGUUCGGAAACAUGGGGAAAUGAACUUUAUUUCUGUUCCUUAUCAAAUCGAACCAUAGUUUACAAAGGCAUGCUUCGGUCUGAGGUUCUUGGAAAAUUUUACUAUGAUCUCCAAAGUGAAGAUUAUAAAUCGUCUUUUGCAAUUUACCACCGGAGAUACAGUACAAACACGAGUCCUCGGUGGCCACUUGCUCAACCAAUGAGGCUAUUAGGUCAUAACGGGGAGAUUAAUACCAUACAGGGAAACCUAAACUGGAUGCAAUCUCGAGAAAAUUCGAUGAAGUCACCUGUAUGGCGGGGUCGCGAAAAUGAAAUUCGUCCUUUUGGAAAUCCCCGGGGAUCUGACUCAGCAAAUCUUGACAGUGCAGCAGAAUUGUUCAUACGAAGUGGCCGUACUCCUGAGGAAUCUAUGAUGAUUCUUGUUCCUGAGGCAUACAAAAAUCAUCCAACUUUGUCAAUCAAAUAUCCCGAGGUUGUUGAUUUCUACAACUAUUACAAGGGUCAAAUGGAGGCUUGGGAUGGCCCCGCUUUACUCCUAUUUAGUGACGGGAAGACAGUUGGAGCUUGUCUUGAUCGAAAUGGUCUUCGACCUGCUAGAUAUUGGCGGACUGAUGACAAUGUUGUCUAUGUUGCAUCAGAGGUGGGAGUUCUACCAAUUGACGAUUCAAAAGUUACAAUGAAAGGGCGUUUAGGUCCAGGGAUGAUGAUAACUGUUGAUCUAAUCAAUGGUCAGGUUUAUGAGAAUACAGAGGUUAAGAAACGAGUUGCUUUAUCAAGUCCUUAUGGAAAGUGGAUAGCUGAAAACAUGAGAACUUUGGAGCCUGCAAAUUUCCUCUCAUCCCCAACUAUGGAGAAUGAAACAAUAUUGCGUCAUCAACAGGCUUUCGGUUACUCUAGUGAGGAUGUUCAAAUGGUUAUUGAAAGCAUGGCUUCAGAAGGGAAGGAACCUACAUUUUGCAUGGGAGAUGAUAUUCCGUUAGCUGUAUUAUCUCAAAAGUCACAUAUGCUUUAUGAUUAUUUCAAACAACGGUUUGCUCAGGUCACAAAUCCUGCAAUUGAUCCACUUCGAGAAGGAUUAGUGAUGUCACUGGAAGUGAAUCUUGGUAAGCGUGGGAACAUAUUAGAAGUCGGACCUGAGAAUGCCUCUCAGGUGACUUUGUCCAGCCCUGUGCUUAAUGAAAGUGAGCUUGAAUCGUUAUACAAGGAUCCAUUUUUGAAAGCUCAAACUAUACCGACAUUCUUCGACAUACGAAAGGGGCUUGAUGGUUCGUUGGAGAAAACACUGAAUAGGAUCUGUGAAGCUGCUGAUGAUGCUGUUAGAAAUGGUUGCCAACUUCUUGUUCUCUCUGACAGAGCUGAUGAACUAGAAGCGACACGCCCAGCUGUCCCUAUACUUCUUGCUGUAGGUGCGGUCCACCAGCAUUUAAUACAAAACGGGCUGCGAAUGUCUGCUUCAAUUGUUGCCGACACUGCUCAAUGCUUCAGUACUCAUCACUUUGCUACUUUGAUUGGAUAUGGUGCAAGUGCUGUAUGCCCUUACUUGGCAUUUGAGACAUGUCGACAAUGGCGUUUGAGCAAGAAAACUUUAAACCUUAUGCGGAAUGGGAAAAUGCAAAUGGUUACAAUUGAAAAGGCUCAAAACAACUUCAAAAAGGCGAUUAAUGCUGGUUUAAUGAAAAUUUUAUCCAAAAUGGGAAUUUCAUUACUGUCAAGUUAUUGUGGUGCACAAAUUUUUGAGAUUUACGGUUUGGGAAAAGAAGUUGUCGAUAUUGCAUUUACCGGGAGUGUGUCAAAUAUUGGUGGAUUGACUCUUGAUGAGCUUGCAAGAGAGACUUUGUCAUUUUGGGUUAAGGCUUUUUCUGAGGAAACAGCUAAAAGACUUGAAAAUUAUGGAUUUAUACAAAUGAGACCCGGAGGGGAAUAUCAUGGAAACAACCCUGAGAUGUCAAAACUGCUCCAUAAAGCUGUUCGUGAAAAACGUGAAAGUGCAUAUGCAAUUUACCAGCAGCAUUUGGCUAACCGACCCAUCAAUGUUAUCCGCGAUCUUUUUGAAUUUAAGAGUGAUCGAGCUCCAAUUCCAGUGGGAAAGGUGGAAUCUGCAGCAUCUAUCGUUGAGCGUUUUUGUACAGGUGGCAUGUCUCUAGGGGCUAUUUCCAGGGAAACCCAUGAAGCAAUUGCCAUUGCAAUGAAUAGGAUAGGCGGGAAAUCUAAUUCUGGAGAAGGUGGUGAGGAUCCCAUUCGUUGGACCCCACUUUCUGAUGUUGUUGAUGGAUACUCUCCUACACUGCCACAUCUUAAAGGUCUUCAAAACGGAGAUCUUGCUACAAGUGCCAUCAAGCAGGUUGCAUCAGGGCGGUUCGGUGUGACUCCAACGUUUUUGGUCAAUGCUGACCAAAUAGAAAUCAAAAUAGCUCAAGGAGCAAAACCAGGUGAAGGUGGUCAACUGCCAGGAAAAAAAGUCAGCGCAUAUAUCGCAAGAUUACGUAAUUCGAAACCUGGAGUCCCUCUUAUAUCUCCACCUCCACAUCAUGACAUUUACUCCAUUGAAGAUCUUGCUCAAUUGAUAUUCGACCUUCAUCAGAUCAAUCCUAAGGCUAAAGUAUCCGUCAAGCUUGUGGCGGAAGCUGGUAUUGGCACUGUGGCUUCUGGAGUUGCAAAGGGUAAUGCCGAUAUCAUACAGAUAUCAGGGCACGAUGGUGGGACCGGUGCGAGUCCAAUAAGUUCGAUUAAGCAUGCUGGUGGUCCUUGGGAACUUGGUCUCACUGAAACGCAUCAGACUCUAAUUACAAAUGGUCUUAGAGAACGGGUUAUUCUUAGAGUUGACGGUGGUUUCAAAAGUGGAUUUGAUGUUCUAAUGGCUGCUGCAAUGGGUGCUGAUGAAUAUGGUUUUGGUUCAAUUGCUAUGAUUGCUACAGGAUGUGUUAUGGCCCGUAUCUGCCACACAAAUAACUGUCCAGUAGGUGUUGCCAGUCAGCGAGAAGAAUUACGAGCUCGUUUUCCUGGUGUGCCUGGUGAUCUUGUGAACUACUUUUUGUAUGUUGCUGAGGAGGUUAGAAGCACGUUGGCUCAACUGGGGUAUGAAAAGCUUGAUGACAUUAUCGGACACACAGAAUUAUUAAGACCUCGAGACAUUUCAUUAGUUAAAACUCAGCAUCUUGAUCUUAGCUAUGUCCUUUCGAAUGUCGGGAUCCCGAAAUGGACCAGCACAACUAUUAGGAAGCAGGAUUCUCAUAGUAACGGUCCUGUUCUCGAUGACAUUAUACUUUCUGACAUAGAGAUAUCAGAUGCGAUUGAAAAUGAGAAAGUGGUGAAUAAAACAUUCAAGAUAUACAAUGUGGAUCGCGCUGUUUGUGGCCGGGUAGCAGGUGCUGUUGCAAAGAAGUACGGAGACACUGGUUUUGCUGGGCAGCUAAACAUAAGAUUUGAAGGAAGUGCGGGACAAUCGUUUGGGUGUUUCCUUACACCUGGAAUGAACAUACGACUAGUAGGAGAAGCCAAUGAUUAUGUUGGAAAGGGUAUGGCUGGUGGUGAAUUGGUUGUUACACCCGUUGAGAAAACCGGUUUUAUCCCUGAAGAAGCUGCAAUUGUUGGAAAUACGUGUUUGUACGGAGCAACUGGUGGCCAACUUUUCGUUAGAGGCAAAACUGGGGAACGCUUUGCGGUCCGUAAUUCGCUUGCUCAAGCGGUGGUCGAGGGCACCGGAGAUCAUUGUUGUGAGUACAUGACUGGCGGCUGUGUGGUUGUCCUCGGAAAGGUUGGCCGGAAUGUGGCAGCUGGUAUGACCGGAGGUUUGGCGUAUCUUCUUGAUGAUGACGAUACCCUCAUUCCCAAGAUAAACAAAGAGAUUGUGAAGAUCCAGAGAGUGGUUGCACCUGUGGGGCAGAUGCAGCUGAAGAGCCUUAUUGAAGCACAUGUUGAAAAAACCGGGAGCACCAAAGGUGCGGGUAUCUUGAAAGAGUGGGACAAAUAUUUACCUCUAUUUUGGCAGUUGGUGCCACCUAGUGAGGAAGACACACCCGAGGCUUGUGCUGAAUAUGAACCAACGGCAGCCGGGCAGGUGACCGUGCAAUCUACAUAAAACCCACCAGUUUCUGCAUCUCCAUGUUUAGUUGAAAACGAUUCUUUUGACACGGCCAAGUAGAUUCAUUCAGGUUUGACUCGAGUGAUGGUCAAAGGCGUUAGUAAUGACGUCUGAAGAUUAUGGUGAAAAAAGUUGUUGAUGUUUCGUUUGGUCUAGUCUGGUUGGUUGAAAACAUACCCCUUUGAAGGUGUGAAAAUGUAUAGACCAUAGAGAUGGUGCAAGAAAUGUAAAUUCUUAGGGUAAAAUACUUGAAUAAAUGAACUUUUGUGCAAGGAUUGGAGCACUAUAAUCCUUGUAUAUGUAUGUGCAUAUGUGGUAUUGCUACAUCACAUACCUCAUUUUAUAUUUUCA